AUUGAACAUAUGAUUGUGCCUGAGAGUGCGCGUUGAUAGGCAAACGUCAAUUACAUCGGAUCGGUGAGUGAGUAACAAGCGAUUUACACUUUAUCGCUUUGAUCUCAGUCCGCGGAUUACGCAGAAAUGACGAAGCGCGCAUCGUUCGCGCGUCACCAGUGAGAGAACAUCCUUGCGCGAGCAGCGGCGUGCGAUCUCGAACGCGCGUGGAACAAUCGUUCUCCAGAAACGAAGCGCGGCCUCAGACAUGAGUUCCGUCUGGAAACGCCUGCAGCGAGUGAACAAGAGAGCCGCCAAGUUUCAGUUUACUGUUUCUUACCACGAAGUCACUCUAGAAACGACAACGAAAUGGAAACCAAACAAACUGAGUGUUGUUUGGACAAGACGCAGCAGAAGAGUUAGCACAGAACCCUUGGCAUGGGAGCCAAGUUUGAGUGAUCCUUUGAAAGGUGUUAUUAGCUGGGCAGUUCCUGACAAUCAUACAGUUUCUGUGACACUAUUUAAAGAUCCAAGAACACACGAGCUAGAAGACAAAGAUUGGACAUUUGUUAUUGAAGAUGUGUCGUCAACAGGAAAAAGGCGCCAUGUAGCCGCAACUAAUAUAAAUAUGAAAAAGUAUGCAACCCUAGAAUCUAGUCAGCAAGAACUCAAAUUAGAUUUAAAACCAACUUCUAAAAAAAUUGUUAGUGCUAAUCUUGAAUGCACGUUAUCAUGUGUGUUUCUGCGAGAAGGCAAAGCAACGGAUGAAGAUAUGCAAAGUAUGGCCAGCUUAAUGUCAGUUAAUAAUAACAGUGAUAUCGCGCCAUUAGAUGAUUUUGAUAAUGAAGACAUACCUGAAGAUGUUGAAGAAGUGUCUGUAAAGAACUUGGACGAGAUCUUAGAUAUUUCAACUCAGUUAGAUUUAAUGACAAGCAGUAUCACUGAAAGUGAAUUACCUAGCACUCCCAUAAGCGUGGCCAGCUUAUCAAAAGAUGACACGACUCCUGUAAAUGAUGGAGAACAUUUUACGCGAGAUAUUAGUCUAACGGGAAUUGGUGAUUCUUUGAAAGAAAAAUCACCUGUGAAAGACAAUAUUGCAGUUGAAAAUGAUAAAAAUAUUGAACACAGUGCAAUGAGACUUCCGCUGCAGCCGUUGGAUUUCAAAAAACUCGACGCGAAUGUUCCAAGACUGAAGGAAAUUACUCCCGGACAAGAUUUGUUAGAGUGGUGCAAGGAGGUCACCAAGGACUAUCCUGGAGUCAAAGUUACGAAUUUGACAACAUCUUGGCGAAAUGGAAUGGCGUUUUGUGCGAUUAUUCAUCACUUCAGACCGGAUUUGAUAGACAUUGAUACACUGUUGCCUCAUGACGUAAAAGGCAACUGCAAAAAAGCUUUCGAUGCGGGCGAAGCUCUAGGCAUUCCUAGAGUUAUAGAACCGGCAGACAUGGAUAUAUUAACUGUACCUGACAAACUAGCUGUGAUGACAUAUUUGUAUCAAUUGAGGGCACAUUUCACCGGUCACGAAUUAGAAGUACAUCAAAUAGGCAAGACAACAGACGAGUCCUCGUACAUGAUCGGCAGAUUUAAUACGGACAACAACACGGACGUGAGCGUCCAGCUGUUCGGCAAAGAGAUCAUUAAUUUACGAAAAAAGGAACAGAUCGAUCAGAAAAAUAACAAAAUGGACAAUCGCCGGUCGAAUCCAUUCGAUAACAAGAAGGACGACAUUUGCAUUGAUUCGAUCAAAAACAAACUUCAUCUGAGCUUGAACACCGACAGUCAAGAUCACGAUCAGUGCAACAAGGACAAAUCGCCAUCCAGCGUGAAAGAGGUCAAAGAUAUCAUACUGGCCGGGUCAAAGAGCAUUCUCGGUAAAGUGUUGUCGCCGACCAAAGAGAAGUACUCGUCGAGAGAGAAGAGCAAAUCACCACCGGGAGUACAACAAACGCAGCAACGUCCUAUACUUAUGACACGUCGGCAAUUAACCGAUCCGUUCGGCUCCGACGACGAAGAGGAUAACAUACAGAUAGUCGACGACAAAUGGUCGCAAUCGAUCUCGAUUACCAAAUCGCAAACCCCGGUCCGUGAUGAUUCGAUAAACUCUGACGAUCGAGGAAGCCGAGGUAGUUCCGAAUGUCAAGGUGCAUCGUCGCCACAUGGAGAACAACGUUCGCAACAUCCAUUAGUCAGCCGACACGAUGAGUUGCGAGAGCGUGCAAGACAACUCUUGGAACAGGCAAGAAAUCAGACAAAACCAGUCGGAUUUGGUUCGGCUGCGAUCAGUCCUGUUGAGAACGAUGAUGAAAGACAACAGCAAUUACGAGAGAGAGCAAGACGGUUGAUAGCGGAGGUAAAAAUGGGCGUCACUGUGACCCCGAGUCAAUUGAAUGACGACAACAACAGUGACAGACGAUCGAUAGACGAUCAGAAUAAUAGUCCUAGACGAAGCAUUACGCCUUCGACCCCUGGUGAUAGAUUGAGUAUAAAGUCUGAAUAUAAUGGGAACAUAGUGGGAAAUACGAGUGUGAUGGACGGUGAAAAGAAAACCGGUUCACCUUUGUAUUCGUUCUCUAAAAUCAUAGAAAGAAUCUCACCUGAGAAAGGAAGUCCUGAUAGAACCGCGUACACACUUCGUGGGUUGGGCAAAGACAUGACAUCGUACAUACAAAAUGAGCUCGAAGCGCUUGAGAGAGAACAGAAUCAGAUUGACAUACAGGCCGGCAAGCUCGAGAAGCAAUUGAGAGCGGCCAUGGAAAGCGAUAACGAGGACGAAACGGAAAGACUGAUGUCCUUGUGGUUCACGCUUGUCAAUAAAAAGAACGCGCUUUUGAGAAGGCAGAUGCAACUGAACAUACUAGAAAAGGAAGACGAUUUGGAACGACGAUUCGAGCUCUUGAAUCGGGAGUUGAGAAGCAUUCUUGCGGUGGAAGAUUGGCGAAAGACGCCCGAGCAAAAAAUGCGUGAAAACUUGUUGUUGGAGGAGUUGGUAUCGAUUGUGAACAAGAGAGACGAAUUGGUUCAUCAUCUCGAUACGCAAGAAAGAGCCAUCGAAGAUGACGAUGAGAUAGAACGCGACUUGUCUCGCGCCGGACUGGCUCAACGUAACAAAAACUGCGUUGUGCAAUGAGGAGAUAAAUUAUCAAUUGCGUUGAUUUCAACACUAUUUUGAGAAGGCAUGACCCAUUUUGCUGUGGAGUUGCCAAAGAUUCGACAAAAUUAGACAUUGGAGAGUUAAGUAUCAAUUACGAAUAGAUCGUUUUUUUUUUUUUUUAGGAGGAUUUUUGUUUGUCUUACUAUAUAUCUAUAUGUAUCGCGCCAGUGAAAUCUAUAGCAUACUGAAAUUUUCACUCCAAUGCUCAGAAACGGAUGAGCGUUUCAGCGUCAGUAUAGAGUUGACUGUGUUAAGUAGAUAUUAAUUCAGGCAAGAUAGAACAAUACUUCAUUUCUUGUUUUGAAUAUGCAUUCGCCCGACAACAAAGAAAACAAAAACAAAAUUAAAAUUGAAAAAAAGUAUAAUUUUUAAAUAUAACCGAGCGAGGUGUAUAUCGAGCGGGUGAACCUUCUUACGUUAACGAGCAAUCGAUCAUUAGAUCGACUUCUUUCGUGUAGCGAGUAUGUGCUUUUCAAGUGAAAAUAAAUGAAACCGAACAAUAUUCAUCAAAUAAUGCGAAGAGAAAACACUGAGAUGCGAAAUACUUCGCAAUGAAUAAGAAAAAAAUAAUUGUUUUUAACAAGAGAGAUAAGGCGUUGUGAGAAACAAUUGCAAACGUGCAAAGGACUUUCGAAAGAACGUGCAUUGAACGACAAAAUUAUGUUUUGUGACGGGAUUCUAUUAAAUUAUUUGACAUUGCAUAUUGAAAUAUUCUGUUUCUAUACGAAUUCACUUAAUGAGCGAUCAGAGGAUUUACAAGAGCAGAUAUUGCGACGGAACGCAAUUAGUUGAACUUCAGAUUCUUAAAUUAGCGCGAAAAGUUUUAUUUCGCGGCUUAAAUAACCACACACGUGUUGUGUUGUUUAAUGACCAAAGAAAGGAUUGCGAAGAAUAAUAACUUAAAACCGUGUACCAAGAAGAAACAACAACACAUUUGAUUUAUCUGAUUCUAAUAAAUUGUCUAAGUUAACCCAGUGGUUUUUAGUAGCUGGCGAGUGCUAUAUAUAUUCUGUUGCUUUGUAAGGAACAUUAAAAAUGGGCUAUUGUGCAAAAAUACACGAGGAAUAUACAUAUAUAAAAAGCAAUGUAUCGUAGCAACUAUAUCUCGCAAUGUUACCGAUCGAUUCGCGAAGAACAAAUUUAUUCUUUGUGAAAGGUAGAUCACGUUGUGUAUAGUUUCCGGACUUGCAAUAGUCGUUCUCUCGUCGAGCAUUCGCAUGUACUCAAUUUGUGCCAUAUAAACAUUGACAUACCUUUUAUUAUUUUGCUUGCGAAUAGACUUGUUGCGCGCGCGCGUGUGUGUGUGUGUGUUGAGCGCAGAGAAAAUUAUGAUAAAUCCAAUAAUUUUCACCAUGGGUAUGUCAUUGUAAAAACAAAAAAAAAAACAAUUGUAAUAUUUAGUAGAUCUAAUUCUCCUUAUUAUGUGGUGUAAUUAUUAUGUAAGAUAUUGUGUUAAUUGUAAUUUUUUUAUAUAUAACAAGAUGCGGUGUGUCGUUUUUCUAUAAACGGUCGGACUGGUGUUUGCGUGAGGAGGAAAAGAAUAUCCGUUCGUUCGAAAUUUGUUCCGAUUCAUAUUCGGCCUAACGGGGAUCUCUCACGAAUGUGGAUGGAAAAAAUUGUGACAAAUACUCACACAUGUGUUUCGUGUGUUCAUUAAUUUUUUUCUUAUGAGUGAGUUAGUAAAACUGAAUACACAGUCACAUCGCGCGAAGCACCUUUUUUUUUUUGUCUAUUCCUCGUCUCAUCGGUGUAAAGUUACUCAGCUUGCAAUCUGCCAAUUUGUCGUCGGAUGUGUAGCGUUUGCUCGUCAAUCUUCCGUUUCGAGUUAAGUUUGACGGAUUUUCUCGCCGAAUCCCGCCGUUCGUGUCUCGGUGACUUGGUGUCUUAGUGCGACGUCGGGAUUUGUCGGAUCUGUUCCCGAAACACGAGAGUUUUUUGUUUGCCAACGUAGACGGAGGGGAUCUUGAUGCUCAAGUCGAAUUUUUGGUGUUCAAUUUGUUUUCACGCCGCUCACAAUUUGUUUAACUGGGGAUCUUCUGUUAGAGUCGCGGAAACAAAACAAAACGAAAAAGAUCGUAUACACAAGUGUUGCAAAAUGAUCUCUGCUCCGUUAGACCGAAUAAGUCAUCAUCCCCUGCGGAGUUCACAAACCCGAAGAACAAACAGAUUCGAAAUUCAAACUUGCGUCUCUCUCUUUCUCGUAUAUACUUAUACAGUAACAAUAGGUAUUUGUCUUUCUGUCGAUACGUUUCGUGAUCGUGCCACUUUCGAGCGCAUGUAACUGUCGAUUCCAAACGUACGAUGAAAAAAGAAAAAUAAGUUUAGCAAUAAUUUAUUAUAUAUAGUGCCUAUAUAUGAAUGUACUUGUGUACGUUUGUAAAACCUAUACAGCACACACGGAAUGAACCUUUAAUUUAUUUUGUCUAUGUUCCACUGCGAAAUAUAUCAAUAAUUAAUUACUACCGUAAAGAUAACUAAUUCUUGCCAAUGCUACGGUCUUUGUGGAGAUUGCGCCGAUUCUAUUAUUUUUUUUCUUUCGCCGUAUGAUUAGCCGUGAUGUGAUUGUGCGCGAGCGAGCGAGCGAGCGAGCAAACGAUGAGAAUGUGUAUCAUGCAAUAUAUUCGCCAUUUAAUAAGAAAAAGACUUAUAAAGCACUGCAGGAAGAAGUAAUAAAUAUAUGAUGUUGAUAAUAUUA